CACAUUCCUGCAUUCCAUCGCCACGAAUCCAGCUUUUUCCCUCCCAUUCCCCUCUUACCAAGACUUUCCAGAUGCUUACCACCCGCACCAAACUCCGUACGCUGACCCCCGCCCGCUGCUAUGGCCAAUUAUCCCCGUCAACAAUCACAAGAGUGUCUGCGCCAAUCCGCGCAAGGGGCCUCUCCACUUCUCACCACCACCCGCCGCAACAUAUCCCUGUCAUUCGCACAUUGGCACAGUUGAGGCGAUGGAGGCGCGCAGCUAGAGAAAGGGGUUUGGAAGUCGGGGUAGUCCCUACAAUGGGUGCGUUGCACGAAGGGCAUCUCAAUCUAGUACGGACUUCGUUGAAUCGCCAUCCUUUGACGGUCAUGACUGUCUUUGUGAACCCUAUGCAGUUUGCGCCUCACGAGGAUUUCGGCGCGUACCCUCGUCAGCUAGAACGUGAUCUCUCCGCUCUCAACACCCUCUUCCCUUCGUCCAACUCUUUACCAUCCGCGCUUCGCGGGCUGGGCAUAUCUGAGAACGACGCUUACCGACCCACCUCUGCCUCUCCGUCUACUUCAUCUUCUGGAGGAGGCGAAGAUGGGAAACUGAGAGAAGCUCCCGAAAGCCCACUGGUAGUGUUUGCCCCUACCGCAGAUGUGAUUUACCCGCUAAAGGGAGAAUUGCAAGAUCUCAGUGCGCAUAGGGGAGUGGAGGUGGAUGUCAAGGGGUGGGGGGAUUUGAUGGAGGGAGCCUCAAGGCCCCAGUUUUUCAAAGGUGUGGCAACGGUUUGUACAAAACUGUUUAACGCUGUUGAACCCGACCACGCGUACUUUGGCCAGAAAGAUAUACAACAAGCUCUUUUAUUAAAGAUUCUCGUCCAAGACCUACUUUUAUCGCACCCCACCCCUUCCAACCUCCACAUCGUACCCACCACACGAUCUCCCUCUGGCCUCGCGCUCUCUUCCCGCAACGCCUAUCUCUCCCAGCCUGAACUCGUUGUCGCUCCCAUCCUUUACCAGGCUUUACAAAUGGGUGUUGAAGCCUUUGAAAGCCAUGAUCCGUCCUCCGCAACCCUGACAGCGGAAGAUAUCAUCGCGCAAGCUACUUCUGUCAUUCUCAACGAACAAAUAAGAAUAGCAAAGGCCGCUCCCGAAGAAGGUGGCGGUGUAGAUCUGGAACUGGAUUAUAUUGAGCUGUUUGAUAGGACUACAUUCAAUCCUGUCCGUGGGGAUGUUACAGGCAGAGACAUGGUGCUCGCCGGUGCUGUAUGGGUGGGGAGGACCAGAUUAAUUGAUAAUUUGCUGUUAGGCUGGAAGCUCUAGUUCAUUCUGUUAAAUCGCAAAAUCAAGUCUGUUUAACUAGUAGUUGAUGCAUGUGUGUAUAA